CACAAGGAAUCUCUAUAUAUAAACCAAGAAUUUUUGAGCAUCAAUACCUGAGUACAAACAAGAAAACCUUUUUUUUUUUGCAAUAUAUGUUGAAGUCUCUCUGUUUUCUUCAAUGCAAGUGUGAUCCUCAUGAUAUUCCUACACUGUACACAAUCUACAUAUUUGAGCUAUUUCUCAUGGUCUAGUUCAGUAAGAACUCAUUUAGUACAGUAAUUUUGUCCAAAAAUCAUUCAAACCCACCAACUUAAAGGAAUAAAAUGAUUUUUGAGUCAAGUUACUGGAUUAAAAUGACAACUUUCAAACUUAAAGAAGUAAAUGAUUUUCAUUAAUUAAAAAAAAAAAAAAAGAAGAAGCAAAUGAUUUUGAGGUAAAGUUACUAGACUAAAAUGAACAACUUCAAAUUUAGAGGACUAAAGUAAGUUAACAAGUAUAAAUUGCAUUUUUGCCUUUAUUUUCUUUAGAAGUCAUUGGUUUGAUGGCAAGUGCCUCUCAUCAAAAAAAAUGAUUGAUUGCGAGUUUGAUUUCGAAAAUCAGUCUCACUAAAAAGGAAAAAACAAAAAUUAGGUAUAAAGUUGUUUGCCAAACACUUCUCCUAAAAUUCACUAGAAUGAGAAAUUUGUGCACAAGCUGUAAUUUUUUUCCCCGUAAUGAAAAAGGGUGAGGGGCCCAACCAUGACUAUCUUACCUGACUAAGACUUGACCAAAGUAGCUUUCUCACUUAUUGAGGGAUCAAUUAUUGAGGAGUCUAAAUUGAGUUAAGUGACCUCAGACUUAGCCAAAUAAAAACAAAGUAAAUUGACCCCACUUCAAUUGGCUUUUUUAACUUGUUGAGAAAUCAAUGAUUGAGGGGUCUAGAUUGGUUCAAGCAUCUCAGGGCCACAACUAAGAUUGGGCUUUUGGGAAAGCACCAAUAUUGGACUUUCCUGAAAAAAAUGUGUUGCCCAACUCUCAAAAUUCCUCUUGGUUCAGAGAGUGCACAAUGAAUAGAUUUUUACUUCCUUUUUAAUGAUCAAAAAUCGUACAGGUAAAAAUUGACAUCGAGUCUCCCAUGAUCAACACCUGCUUACCCCACCACCACAAAACAAAGGUAGAAGAAAUACACACAAAAAAGUCUCUCUUCUCUAGUUGGCAGCUAACAUAUAUCAUCUUCGCUAUUGCAACUCACCGAGUCACGACCUUAAUAGCAAUGAUUCUCAAUUGUAGCCUAGGUGCGUUAAAAAGGGUGUUUUUAUUUUAAGGUUUUGUGCUCUUUUUACAGCACCCAAUGAGAAUUUCACUCUUUUCAUGGCUUUUCUUCAUACCCAUAUGCUCAGUUUUCCUGAACUUUGGCAUCUCCGUGGUGUCUCAAACAUGUACUACCGAUCAGCGAGACUUUUUGAUCGGAUUGAAGAACAACCUCAUAUUCAACAAUAACUCUUCCAAAACACUAGUGUACUGGAAUACAAGUUCAAAUUGCUGUUCCUGGGAAGGUGUAACCUGCAGCAAGGAGGGACAUGUUAUUGGUCUCAACCUGUUCAACGAAUCCAUCACGGGUGGACUUCACAAUUCAAGCCUCUUCAGUCUCCAGUACCUUCAGUCUCUGAAUUUGGCUUAUAACAACUUGAGUUCUUCUGCGAUUCCAUCUCAGUUUGGCAGUCUGACGAAGUUGAGUUAUUUGAAUUUGUCAAAUGCUGGCUUUGUAGGGCAGAUUCCAAAUGCGAUUUCACGUCUCACAAGGUUGGUUACUCUGGAUUUGUCUACCCUUUCUUUCUUGAGUAUUUCCAUGCUGAAAAUUGAGAACCCAGAUUUAGCUACGCUAGUUCAGAAUUUUGGGGAGCUAAAGGAACUUUAUCUAGAUGGUGUAAAUAUAUCAGCGCCGGGGAAUGAAUGGUGUCAGGCCCUAUCUUCAUCAGUGCCAAAUCUAAGGGUGUUGAGCAUGUCUGACUGUUAUCUUUCAGGGCCUUUUAAUUCCUCCUUAUCGAAGCUUCACUCCCUCUCAAUUAUUUGUCUCGAUAGUAAUCCCUUUAAUGCUCCAGUUCCAGAAUUUUUUGCUAAAUUCAGGAAUUUGACUUCCUUGGGUCUCAGUUCUUGUGGAUUGAAUGGAACAUUUCCAGAAAAGAUGUUCAAGGUUCUGACGCUGCAGAUGCUUGACUUAUCAUAUAAUAAACUACUUCAAGGUUCUUUGCCAGAAUUUCUUCCAAAUGGUUCUCUUCGGUCACUGCUGCUUAGUGGUACAAAAUUUUCAGGGGCACUGCCAGGUUCUAUUGGUAACCUUAAAAUGUUGUCCACAAUAGAUCUUUUUGGAUGCAAUUUCAUUGGAUCAAUCACGAAUUCUAUGGCAAAACUUACUCAGUUAAUUUAUUUGGACAUGUCGUUGAACGAAUUCAACGGACAGAUUCCAUCAUUCAGCAUGGCCAAGAAUCUGACAGAGAUAAACCUUUCCCAUAAUAAUCUGGAAGGUAGUAUUAAUUCCACUCAGUGGGAAGAGCUUAUAAAACUGGUGAAUCUUGACUUGGGUUACAAUUCAAUUGAAGGGAGUAUUCCAUUGUCCCUGUUUUCCCAUCCAUCUCUGCAGAAACUACAACUUUUGAACAACAAAUUUUCUGGUGGACUCAAGGGAUUUAACGUUUCUUCUUACUCAUUGAACAUCCUUGAUUUGAGUAGCAACAACUUGGAAGGGCCCUUACCUGUGUCUGUCUUCAAGCUCCAAGGUCUUAAAUUCCUCUCAUUUUCUUCCAACAAAUUUAAUGGCUCCUUCCAGCUUGAUGAGAUUCAGAAUCUACGCAAUCUAUCAAAUCUUGAUCUUUCUUACAACCAGUUGUCAAUCAAUUAUAAUGGUACUGCUUCUUCCUUGCCCUUUCCCCAUUUUAGCACAUUGAAGUUGGCUUCUUGCAAAUUGAGCAAAUUCCCUGAUUUCUUGAAAAACCAAUCCAAAUUAGUCACUCUAGACCUUUCACGCAACCAGAUUCCUGGAGAGAUACCCAAUUGGAUUUGGAAACCUAAUAAUCUUAUGUACCUAAAUCUCUCAUAUAACCGCCUUGUGACUCUACAAGGGCCUUUCUGGAAUCUUUCUUCUCAAUUAAGUGUCCUAGACCUUCACUCCAACCAACUCCAGGGGCAACUCACACAUCUCCCACGAGUUGCAUAUCUGGACUUCUCAAUGAAUAACUUCAGCUCUGUUAUACCAACUAGCAUUGGUAUCUCCCUUACUUUCAUAAUUUUCUUAUCUCUUUCAAGCAAUAACUUCCAUGGGAAUAUACCUCGAUCAUUAUGCAAUGCUAGUUAUAUUCAAGUUCUUGAUCUAUCUAAUAAUUCCUUGAGUGGCGCCAUUCCUCAAUGCUUCAACACAAUAAGUGAGACUCUAGGGGUUCUGAAUCUAAGGAGGAACCACCUCGCUGGUCCAAUACCUGACAUAUUUCUAGGCAAUUGUGUUUUACAAACUCUAAGUCUCAACAGAAAUUUACUAGAAGGAAAGUUACCUGAGUCUCUGGCCAAUUGCCCAAAUUUGGAGGUCUUGGACAUAGGGAACAACCAUUUUGAGGAUGUCUUCCCAUGUUACUUGAGGAACAUAUCCAGCUUACGUGUCCUUGUCUUGCGAUCUAACAAAUUUUUCGGGCCCAUUGGUUGUUAUGGGCCGAAUGCCACCUGGCCGAUGCUUCAGAUUAUAGACAUAGCUUCAAACAAUUUUACUGGUCAGCUUCCAAGAAAAUCCUUUUCUACCUGGAAGGCAAUGAUGGUCAAUGAAGAUGAGGUCAUGUCAAAGCCCAAUCACCUCCAAUUUGGAUUCUUAAAUUUUGGUCACUUUUACUAUCAAGAUGCAAUAACAGUUACCAUUAAAGGUCUAGAGUUUGAGCUGGUGAAGAUUCUGAGACUCUUCACCUCAAUUGACAUUUCCUGCAAUAAAUUUGAGGGGCCAAUUCCAGAAGAAUUAGCAGCAUUCAAAUCACUGUAUGUUGUCAACUUAUCGCACAAUGCCCUUACAGGCCAUAUCCCACCAUCUCUGGGAAAUUUGUCCCAGCUGGAAUCAUUUGACUUGUCAAGCAACAACCUUACAGGGGAGAUCCCUGUGCAACUUGUAGAUAGUCUUACUUUCCUUUCAUUUCUCAACCUUUCCUUCAAUCAAUUGGUGGGGAAGAUUCCACAAGGCAAGCAAUUUUCUACGUUUUCAAAUGAUUCCUAUAAAGGGAACAAGGGAUUAUGUGGGUACCCUUUGCAAACAGAAUGCACAAGUGAUAAAGCUUCACCACCUUCAGCAACACAAAAGGCUAGACGCAAAAUUUCAACAACUUUGAUUGGUUUUGAUUGGCAGUUCAUACUGACCGGAUUGGGUUUUGGGGUUGGAGCAGCAGUUGUUGUUGCUCCCUUAACAUUUUGGGAGAAAGGUAGAAAAUGGCAGGAUGAUAGCAUUGAAAAGAUUCUUCUGAUUAUUCUUCCAAAGAUGGGAUUGUCUUACACUUGCUGCUAUAAUGCAAAGGUUGAGGCAGAGGAAGAUAUUGAAGAUGAGAACACAGAAGACAGUGAAGACGAGGAUGAUGAUGAUGAAAUGGAAGAUGAAGAAUUUCAAGGACGGUACUGUGUUAUUUGUUCUAAACUCGACAUCAGUAGGAAGAGGGUCAUCCAUGACCCCCAAUGCACAUGCCAUAACUCACCCCCCAUUUCUUCUUCAUCUUCUUCAUAGUUACUUCAUCAUAGCAAACCUUUUAUGCCUUUUUUUUUUCAUUUUUUGGACUUUUUUUUUUUUUUUCAUUUUUAGGACUUUUUCUUUUGUAGAUAGAUACAGAAUCAUCAACCCAAAUGGUGGGGGGAUAAGAUAAGCACAUAACUUGAAUAAUGCUUGUUUGUAGCCUUUUUGGCUUCGAAUAAUGUUCUUUUUACCUAAAUCUGAACUGUGUUUAUCUGUGUGGUUGCUAUCUAAAAAACAAGCACGUCAGACUCAAGCUAAUGCUCAUUCAGGAAUUUCAACAAACAGGUGAGCGACACGUUAAAUUUGUCUAUGAAACACAUGCAUUCAUGCAUAUAACUUGCACAAGGAGUCUCUAUAUAUAAACCAAGAAUUUGUGAGCAUCAAUACCUGAGCACGAACAAGAAAAGUUUUUUUUGCAAUAUAUGUUGAAGUCCUCUAUUAGUUGGAGUCUCUCUGUUAUCUUCAAUGCAAAUGUGAUCCACAUGAAAUUCGUACACAGUACACAAUCUACAUAAUUGAGUUGUUUCUCAUGGUCUAGUUCUUGCUGGUUGCAUAAUUAGAUUCACGUUAGCUCUGCAGUGUGCAUAGCUCGGAGUACAACUGAACGUUUUGAGUUUUGACCUUCACAUAUUGGCAAAAGCAAUU